CUAAGUGAAAUCGCAGCUGAUAGAAAGAAGGAAAGCAGCAUCCAGGCAGCAAGGCUACAUCAGGCGGGAGAUCAGGCACCAAUAAAAGACAAGCUUUUCCCAACCAAUCAAAGAAGGCACUACCGGCGGGGCAGACCCACUGCCAUAAACAGAAACGGGAGAUGA